AUGUUACCAGCUCAAACUAGUUUUGGAGAAACAAAGGGGAGGGCGACAAAUAAGAGCAAGCUGACCGGGAUAGAGGUAUUCUAGGACUGUAGGACUCUCUUGUGGCUCAGAGUAAGACCUUUAACUCUCGCCAAGAAGUACGAUCAAAGAAACAACUCUGAACUCUUCUAACCCAGACAGAGACAAGCAGUUCCCCCAUGUCCCCCAGAAGAAUUGCUUCAAACCAAGCCUCUUCCAUCGAGCUCUCCCUGUCAGGGCGGCCCCUAUCACCUCCCAGCAGUAUGCGAGGUUUGUUCUCAACAGUUGUGGUGCUUCUGGUGGCCUUGAUGAUAGUCACCACUGAAGCAGGGAAAAACAAAAGAGAGAAGGGGAAAGGGGCCAAGGGUGCUGCCACUGAGUGUGCGGAAUGGCGCUAUGGUAGCUGUGUGCCUAACAACGGAGACUGUGGAGCCGGUGUCAGAGAGGGCACCUGCAACGACCAGAUGAGGAAACUGAAGUGCAAAGUGCCUUGCAACUGGAAGAAGGAGUUCGGCGCUGACUGCAAGUAUAAGUUUGGCAGCUGGGGUGAGUGUGAUACAGCUACUGGAUCCAAGAACCGGUCUGGAACCCUGAAAAAGGCCCUGUACGACGCAGAGUGCCAACCCACCAUCAAGGUGUCUAAGCCAUGCCCCGCAAAGACCAAGACAAAGGCCAAAGGAAAGAAGGGAAGAGGCAAGGAGAACUAGAAGGUGGAUGAGUCCACAUUGAAGAAGUGAUUGGUUGGAUUUUAUUACGCAAUAUCCUUUGCUUUUUCAACAAACAUAAUAUGCACAAGUGAAUUAUGAGAUGUCAAGUGGGCCCUUCCUUCAAAUACAGUAUAACAAAUGCUAAAUGUCUCUGAAUAUUGACCAAAUAUCCCACAAAUGUAGACAAACACAAUUUUUUUUCUCACAAAAAUGUCCAGCUGUCAGUGGCCUGGCAAUUUGGCAAGUAAGAAUGCAGUUCUGGACAUGCUGUAUUAUGCAAGAUAUGCAAGAAACAGAUACUCUUGAACUCAGCAGUGUUUUAGAUCUACCUAGACAACCUUGUGAUGUACAACCAGAGUUUGUUGUAUUUUUUGUACGCUCUCAGUUCCUUUACAUUAGUUCAACUGGAGUCAAGGCAAAGCUCCUUGUUUGAGAUGAUUUUAACCAGUAGAUUUGAUAUACUUGAGUUUUUUUAAAUUAAAAAUGUUCAUCUUACAUUGUUGUGAUUGUUAUAGUUUUCUCUUGACUACCAAUUAGUAUUACUAACAGAAUUGAUGAGUGGAUUUCAGUUGCGUGUGCCAAUUAGUAAAAGUAGAGAGAUGCAAAUCAACUAUUUUUCUAGUAAACUGAGGACUGUCAGCUCAACGUGUUUCAUGUACAAUACAAAGCUGAGAUUGAAUGCUCAAGAGAAGGCAGUCAUUGUCUUUGUAACGAUAAUAGUGGUAUUGUUAAAACGAUUCGUUUUAUAAUAUAUAUAUACUUCAAAAGGUGUCAGGCGAUUUUGAGUCGAACUGCUGCGUUCAUAUUUUAGCAAACACAUACAUACGCCUUCACACAGUUCAUCUGUACUCUCAUUUUUGUAAUUACUGUCAUUAUUAUUACACAAACCCUUGGAACAGAAAAAAAUCUACCACUUAAAAUAAACUCUCAGAAUUUUGA